AUGAAACCUCACCUUAAAUUAGUUCAGGGCUCGUUGGAAGAACAGGAGUUACAAGACGAUAAUAGCAAAACGCGACUCGAAAUUGCAACUUUGCUGACUCAGCAGAAGCACCCACCUGAAGCAACGAGUUUUUGUAAAAAUGUUGAUCUGGAGGAACAGCUGAAGACGAAAGAGGAUAUUUUCGAUAAAAAAUCGCAAUUUGAAGCAUUGGAUGUGCUCUGUGUUUCUCGUAGUCAAAAGGCUAAAGUUGAAACAACCGCUUCACCUCCAAAAGACAUCACUAUGAACGUUGACGGUCCAUCAGACGUGUCAGAAAACAUCCUUGACAACACUUCUGUUGCGUUUGCUAUGCUGAUCUGCUAA